ACAUCGGAAUGAUAGGUGUUUUCAAUCUUGAGUGGAAUGGCAGUUGGAUAUGGAUAGUUGGGAGAGUUUUAUGCAAUACUAGUAGUUAAUUUUACUGUUCCUACGCUUGAUUAUUAUCUCAUUUUAAAUUAUCCAAGUCAAAUCAGUUUAGUGUGUUGUAUUUUUGUUAGAUGAUAAACUACCUAGUGUUUAAACUUUUGGCUGAAACAAGUUAGCCACGUAUCCAGGUAUACAGAGGUCGCAAAACUUGCUCAAAAGUUUGUUGACAUUUCGUUUUGUGUAUAAUUUUUGUACCGGAUGACAUCAGUGGAUUAUAAUUCAGACAGGUGUAAUGUGAGAAAAUGGCGUCGAGAGGCGAUGGUGACUCAUCACAGAACAGACGUGUCGUGAAAGAGGGGCCCAGGGGGUCCGAGCCCCCCCUCCCCUCGCCCCGAUGCUGAAGCACAUACCUGGCGUCGGCCCACAGCCGCCUCAACUCCACACGUCGCGUACGAGACUGGCGUCGGCUGACGUCAUCACUCCAGACAAGACCGGCACGCGACUCAAUGGAUCCGUGGUGUCGCAACAUUAUCGUAUUUCGCGGCCUAUACAGCCGCCUCAGCCAAUCACAAGCCUGCUACCGACGCAGCCUCAGCUAGUCUCGAACGGGGGUCUCCACCUGUCUAGUCCUCCCCAUGUGGGAACGCCCGCUAGCCUCACGCCGGGUCUCUCGGACACCGUGUCACACAAGGAGCCGGGUGUUCGUGAAAUGCUCACCUCACUCGGAUUGCUCUGUCUAAUCAGCUUGCUGCUGGCUCUACUGUCGCUGAUCUUCCUGCUGAAAAUCAGUCCGGUGAGUCCGAAUGACGUCAUCCCGCCAAGCGACAGUUUCCCGACGGUGCUCUCUCCCGACGAGUAUGUCGUUGUCUACGAGGUGACUCUCGCCCUGUGCGCGCUCUCGCUCUCUCUCAACCUCUGCUGCCUGCUCGUCUGCUCUGUUCAGUUCUUGUUUGCAGUCAAGCUAGUCCGGGACUCGCCCGACGGUGAAAGAACAAAUAAAUAUUUGAAGAAGUCUUCAAUAACCAGAGUGUGUGCAGUUGGAGGUUUUUUUGUAUCCAUCCCGGUCUUCCUCACAGGACUGAUCCUGUACACGUUCAUCCAGUUCCAUUCGACGCCGGCCAUCUUGACAAGCGGCCUGAUUGGCUUCGGCAUAGUGUUCUGCGGCUGCGCAAUGGUGCACAACGUCUUCGUCUGGCAGAAGGAGAAGACAGACGCAGUGCGCUCUCUCGCACGCAAACAGCGCGAGCUGCAGAUGCAACACGCUGCUCACUUGCAACAGAAUGCAGCGACUGCAGGAGCGACCACACCCAAUCAUCACGUGACAGCCGACUCCGCCCACCUCUACCCCCACCACCAUCACACCAACUACUCCACUGCGCAUGCGCUCCGCACCAGCAGUCACAGUGCCAUCUCGUCGCCGCAUCACUCGUCGAUGGCGGCAAACGGAGCCGGUUUGAAUUUGGCGCCAAGAGAGGCGAGCGGAAGCGGAAGUCCCAGUGUGCCGCAUGCCACGCUGGACCUGAGCAGUGUUGCCACCACACCGCACGAACUGUCUACUUUGGUUUGAACAGGAAAGGUAGUUGUGCUUACUGGAGGUGCUAUUCCUUAGGUUGGCAACAGUAGAACAAGCAUAAUAUAAUGUUUAUAUAAUCACAUACACUCAUGUUCAUCAUCAGUUUCAUAGCCAGGUCUGUAGAAACCUUAGACCAGUUAUGGAAUAGACACGCCCCAUUGUAUAUUCCUUAGACCAGUUAUAGAAUAGACACGCUGGGAAGUCUAGUCUCUGAUGCCAACAUCUACUGCCAUAUCGCCAAAUCGUGACGUCAUCUUCGGAUAGAAAACUUUCAGAUUGUGUCUAUUUCAGAAGGAUGUAAAUUAUUAUUCAUUAAAAUGGUGAACUCCCGUUGCGCCCCCGCUGAAAUAGACACAAUCUGCUAUGGAAAACAAUGUAAACAAACUCUACAGAAAAGUUUUCUAUAUGAUGCUGACCGUCACGAUUUGGAGAUAUGGCAGUAGAUGUUGGCUUCAUCGACUUUCAGUAUGAAUAUACAAUGGGCCGUGUCUAUUCUAUAACUGGUCUAACGGUCCACGUUAUAAUGACAGUGGAGGAAGAUAGAGAACAAUGUUGCCAAUACUCACUGUCUUGACAAUGCCUUCUAUAGACUGUAGCUGAUACAGGGUUAUCGUUGUAAUAUUAACUGUUCAUUCUCGUUAAAAAUAAUCAAUUAUAUUUUAUUAAGCAAUAAAUAAUUACUUCGUGAUGAAUUUUCAUAAUUGAGAUGAAAUUUUUAGUUGAUUGAUUCUACAUUGUUGAAAGACGAUCUGGCAACAGAGCAAAGCGAGAAAGAGAUAGCUCUAUCCGCUUUGUUGAAUGAUAGACAAGGAUAGCAAUACCAUUGCUAAUCAAACACUGCCAUUAUAACGUGGACUUCACUAUACCUUUAGGCUCAACUGACACUUACGCGACUCAGGUGAAGAAGAGACUGGACUCUAGUGGAGAGCAUGUGUUUCCCAAUGGUGACACUCAGACCAGUCGAUUCUAGUCUCCGCGACGUCAUCAUUUGGAAACACAUGCUCUCCACUAGAGUCCAGUCUCUUCUCCACCUGAGACGCCUAAGUGUGAGUUGAGCCUUACACAUAGUCCGAAAAAGCUAUAGUGAGGUCCACGUUAUAAUGGCAGUGUUCGAUUAGCAAGGGUAUUGCUAUCCUUGUCUAUCAUUCAACAAAUCGGAUAGCGCUAUCUCUUCCUUGCUUUGCUCUGUUGCCAGAUCAUCUUUUAACAAUGAAGAAUCAAUAACUAGUAGUUCUGCGUACAGUAGACCUCGCUCAUUAAUACAACUUUCAAUCUAAUGAGAAGGGCCAGUACAGUAAGCACAGUAUAUUGUGAAGAUUUAGCCAUGACUGUCAUCUAUUA